UCAGAGGGGGAGGUGGGGUAUUAUUUUAAACUUGUGGGUGUUAGAUAGCAGACGUCAGUACGGGAGGUGACCGUGAGGGAUAAUAACCCUAUAUUUCCGCCCUUGCGUUUUUAAGUUUUAUAGGUUAGCCGCUGAUCGGUGCCCGCCCUUAACUUCUGAACGGCUACGAAUGGUUAACGUGGUAUUUAUAUUGUAAAAGGCGGGAAGGAGUAGCAGUUUGAGUUAUUAAAAAAGCCGUAUAGUUACCUCAUAUUCCUCAAAAUCUCUGCGUGCAGCAAUUGAUUGGUGAAGAAGUACAGCUAGUUAAUCUUAGAAUCCCUGCGUUGAUUUCAUACGUGAGUGUGAAACGGUCUUCUUCUCAUUUGAUAUAAUGGUGGGUCUUUCUGAGGGAGAAAAGGAAUUUAUUAAAGGCGGAAUUGCGCAAGACCUCCGCUCUGAUGGUCGCAAGAGGCUUACUUUCAGACCCAUUUAUGUUGAAACCGGUGUCAUUCCUCAGGCAAAUGGCUCCGCAAGAGUAAGGUUAGGGGCGACGGAUGUUAUUGCUAGUGUCAAGGCUGAACUUGGAAAGCCAAGCUCGGUGCAACCUGACAAAGGCAAGGUUGCUAUAUUUGUUGAUUGCAGCCCAACUGCUGCCCCAAUGUUUGAGGGCAGAGGGGGUGAAGAUCUGUCAGUAGAACUCUCAGGCACUCUUCAGCGUUGUCUCUUGGGUGGUAAAAAUGGAGCAGGAGCUGGAAUAGACCUCUCAUCUCUAGUAAUUGUGGAAGGAAAAGUUUGUUGGGAUCUUUAUAUUGAUGGUCUAGUUAUUAGUGCAGAUGGAAAUAUCCUAGAUGCUCUUGGUGCUGCCAUUAAGGCUGCAUUGAGCAAUACAGCCAUCCCAAGAGUCAAUGUUGCAGCCGAUGCAUCAAAUGAUGAUCAACCAGAGAUUGACAUAAGUGAUGAGGAAUUUCUGCAGUUUGACACAUCUGGAGUUCCAGUCAUAGUUACAUUAACAAAGGUGGGUAAACACUAUAUAGUAGACGCUACAUCAGAAGAGGAAUCACAAAUGAGCUCGGCAGUUUCUAUUUCUGUUGAUAGGCAGGGGCACAUUUGUGGGAUGACCAAACGAGGAGGCGUGGGCUUAGAUCCAAGUGUUAUUCUUGACAUGGUAUCUGUUGCUAAUUUUGCAAGCAGGCAGCUAAUGGACAAACUGGACUCUGAGAUAUCUGCUGCUGAAGCUGAUGAAGAUGAAUCAUGAUGCACUCCUAUAUGUUUCCCAGAUGUUGAAAUUAAUUGACAUAAACUUGACCGGUCUCGGUAAAAUUUGAUGAUUAGAAUGUGGAUGGUAAAAUAUGGCCAUUUUUAAUCAAUUACUAACGGGGAGACCAUGUGAGAUUUAUUUCAGAAAGAUUAACGUUAUGAUUUUCAUAAUAGAUUACGGAAGUAAUGGCUUAUAAUCGAAAAACAAUUUCAAGUUUCCCCCUCCUCAA